UGUACACACAUUGAUCUGUUUUAUUGCAAGUAUUUACAUAUGCCAGGUUGAGAAAUAUCUCACGGUCAAAGGUCAAUCGACCACAGACUCUUUUUGUCAAUAGGCAAACCAACACGGUCUGCACAUUCAAACACUAAUGCAGUUUAACACCGCUUCUUCCUCUAUCCUAGUCUCCUAGCCUCUCUCAUUUCCUCUCCCCGCUCUAUGAGAAUGGAGUGCUGCCUGCUGACGGUGUGCGCCCUUUGUGCAGCCCUCCUUUUUGUCCUCUUUUAUUGGCUCGUACCAGCUGUGCAGCGUAGCAGUCUUUGUACAUUAAUAUGGCAUGCCACCAUCACUGAGCGCCUGCGCGACACGCUCACCCGCUCCACACGGCCUCAGCGCAUGCUAAAAGCAGUGCAGAAGAACGCCACUAAAGGAAAUCCCCAGAGCGUCAUCUCUGCCAUCGACUACUUCUGCAAGAAUUCUGAAUGGGCCAUGAAUGUGGGCGAUGAGAAAGGCUCCAUUUUGGACUCGGUGGUGACCGAGGUGAACCCAAGCACGGUUCUGGAGCUGGGUACGUACUGCGGGUAUUCCACAGUGAGGAUCGCCCGCCUGCUCUCCCCCGGCACCAAACUCAUCACGCUAGAGUUUAACCCAGCUUACGCCGCCGUCGCCAGGCAGAUCAUUGCCUAUGCUGGCCUACAAGACAAGGUGACUCUAGUAGAGGGCUCGUCGGGUGAGUGGAUCCCCCAAAUCAAGGAGCGUUUUGGCAUCACAACGUUUGACUUCAUCUUUCUUGACCACUGGAAAGACCAGUACCUCCCUGACAUUAAGCUGUUUGAGGAGUGCGGUUUGCUAAGGAAGGGCUCUGUGCUGCUGGCGGACAACGUGAUUUGUCCUGGAGCGCCGGAUUACCUGGAGUAUGUGAGGAAUAGCCCUCGCUAUGAGAGCAGAUACUAUCCCGCCCACCUGGAGUACACCAAACUGGAGGACGGACUGGAGAAGUCGGUCUUCUUGGGAUAAAAAGAAUAAGUUCUUUCCAACAACAACAACAAUCACAAUGGUCUACAAUCAAUUACCUUUCCAGGGUAGGGAAUAUAAACAUGAACUUAAAUCAGUGUACUGGUCUCGACUGAGCUGAUUAUAGGUGUGUGUUGAGGGAAAAGUCAGGCGAAUGAACUCAUACUUGUCUUGGUGUAAGAUAGUCCAUUAUCAUACAGCCACCUUUUUUUAUUGAUCAUUAGUCUAGUAUUAUUUAGAAAUGUUAUCAAAUGGCAGAUUCACACCCUUCCCCACAAUUAACAUCCAAACUUUCCUACACGCCGCUCCAGAAUUAUUGGCACCUUGUUAAAUAUGGGUCAAAUGUUAAGGUGAAAAAUAUAUCGAUUGCUGAUGAGGUCUCACCUGGACACUCUAAAUUUGUACUUAAGACCUUAAUACUUACUGCUGCGAUCAUAAACACUGUCCUGUACUUAUCCUGGGAUACGGGAUACUCGUUGAACAUGCCUUCUACACACUUAGCACCAAGCACUGUUUGGCUUGAUAAUACGCAGCCGUAGAAGAGUAAUAACUUAUAUCAAUGCUCUCUGGUGUCUCCCAGACAGGACGGGUUUCUUUUUGAAUGUGGCUCCUCUCCAGGUUUCUCCUCAUGCCGCCUCAUUAGGGAUCUCAACCAACGUCUAGAUUUCUGUAGUUAAUGUGUGAUAUUGUCUUAAAAAACAAACAAACAAACAAAAAAAAACACUAUACAAAUAAAUUACACAUUGUUGUUGGUCUUGCAAUA